UACCAGAACUACAAAGAGGAUUUCGGCAGGCGGUCAGGAAGAGCCAAUUUUAUCUUCUCGUGUGGAGGAAGCAUCGAAUAAAACAAAACCCCAAAGCACUCAAACAACUGGCGACAAAGAUCCAGCAGCUGAUGGUGCAGUGACACAAGAAGAAAAACAAAAUGGAAAUAAAGAAGCCAAUCCGAAGGAAACACCAGUCGAAGCCACAGUAAUGAAAACCACAGCGGCGACGACUGGCGACAGUGACAGCAGCACCGCGGUCUCCCACACCACCUCCCCUCUUUUGCUUCUUCUUCUUCUUGUUGCGUGUGCGGCUGCUGCUGCGGUGGUGGCCGCGUGA